UCUGUUUUGCUUCCUCGUCGCGCGUGGCACAAACCAACGUGGUUUGAGCUUUCUGCUAGAAGUUUCUGCUUUUAGAAAACAUAUUUAAGAUUUAAGUACGGGAAAAAACAGAUUUUUCCGAACACGUUAUUCAGCGUUAUAAUAUGUUUAACGAGCAAAGUGUCUCGUUGUCUUGCUUCCGACACGUUACGAAGGAUCUGAAUUAGCAGAGGAAGAGAGAAGAACGGAGAGGGUGGGCUAAAUAUCUGGAAGUUUAAUUUCUUAUAGGGUCCAAACAUGUUUGACGAGGAGAAGAACUGGAAUGAUGAUCAAGACGCACAAAUUCUAAAUAAAACUGCGUUUGAAAACACGCUGAAUGAGAGCAGCAGCACAAACGUAAAGUCCAGAGUUGUUGGGAAAAAGAGCCUGCUGCGGACCUUGCAGACACUGGGAUCAAUACCAGAGUGGAAGAGUGACAAGGCACAGAACAGUGACAGUGAGGCAGAAGCUGCUCCAUCUCCUGGUAAGAAGAAGAAGAAAAGAAAAAGGAGAAAACAAGUGGAGAAAUCAGAGGAGCAACGAGGAGGAGGUGGUGUUCAGACUGUGAAGAAGGAGAAACAUGUUUCCAAAAAGAAGGAAGGAAGCAAACCUGGAACCCUGAAGACAAACAGCACGUCUGCAGACAAAACAAAGGAGAAAAAAAUCACAGAAAUUCCACAAGUGGAUGUAAACAAAGCACAAAACGAACAGAGACUGAGCAGACAACAGUGGAAAACCAAGAUGAGGAACAAGAGAAGAUGCAAAAAUAAAUACCGCCAGGAUAACCCAGAGGAAAACGUAAACAAACCACCAACUGUUGAUGGACAGGAACUGAAAGAAGAAAUCCAAACAGAUUCACGUGGCAACAAUAGUAACUUUGAAAACAUCGGUCCCGCAGAAAAACAAAAAAAGAAAGACGAGCAGAAAGCACUGAAAAGGAAAAAUACAGAUGAGACAGACUUAUUUACUCCAACAUCAAAGAAAAAGCAACAAGAAGCAGAGAAAAAGACAAAAGGUGCAAACAUUAAAACAAGUGUGUCUGGACAUUCAGCUGAUGGUUCGGAGCAGAAUUCAGAUGGACUUCAAGUAAAGACCACGAGGACUCAGCAGCAGUUCAUCACAAAAGCACAGAAACCUGUGCUGAGCAAAGAGCGGAUUUUAAAACGACAGAAGCUGCAGAAAAUCCUCCUCAGCCGGGAGAAGGAGGAGGAAAACAUCCAAGCGGUGGAGCCAGAGGACGAGGAGAAGCAGGUGAGCCAAAGCAGCUCAGACACUCUCAGGUCUCGCAUGGAGCAGCAGCUGGAGGCGGCUCGGUUCCGCUUCAUCAACGAGCUGCUGUACACGACAACCAGCGGAGAGGCGAAGCGCAUGUUUCGACAGGACCCACAGGCCUUCUGGGUUUACCACAAAGGGUACACGGCGCAGGUUCAGAAGUGGCCCUCCAAUCCGGUGGACGCCAUCAUCUCUUACAUUCAGAACAGACCUACUUCUCGGGUGGUGGCAGACUUUGGUUGUGGUGAUUGUAAGAUAGCCCGCAGCGUGAAGAACAGAGUGCACAGCUUCGACCUGGCUGCGACCUGCGAGCUCGCCACAGUCUGCGACAUGGCCAACGUGCCCCUUGAUGACGACUCCGUGGACAUCGCCGUGUUUUGUCUUUCUCUCAUGGGGACCAACUUGGCAGAUUUCUUAGCGGAGGCCAAUCGAGUUUUAAAGAUGGGGGGAAUCCUUAAAAUCGCAGAAGUGGCGAGUCGAUUUGACAGCGAGCACAGCUUCAUCACAGCACUGGCGCGACUGGGAUUUAAAAUGACGUCCAAGGACACAAAAAACAGUCACUUCUACUCCUUUGACUUUGUGAAGACAGGAAAUGCUUCAAAAAACGCAAAGAAAAUUGGACUGCAGCUGAAGCCCUGUGUGUACAAGAAGAGAUGAUGUCAGUGGAAGACCGAGUUAAAGCAACCUAAAAAUUGUGUUUUCCACUAAUCCAGAGGACUCAAUUUAAGAUUUAAAGUGGAGAAUUUAAAUGUUGAAUUUUGAACUAAUGAUGCAUUUUGUUGUUUUCCUUUUGUUAAAGCUUCUGUUAUGUUAGUGUAGGUGUCAGGUUUUAAUAAACAUCACAAACAAGCUGUUAUUUUUUAUAAUUACUGUAAAUCCAAAUCAUUACAUAGAUUUACUGUUUUUAAUUAUUUUAAAAAAUGAUGGGAUCCAGCCAUUUUGAUUCAAAUGUUGCAAAGUUUUAAGAAUUAACUUUAUCCCAUUUUUAUUUACUUACUCAACUAUUCAAAAUAAACCUUUUUGCAUUGCCUCUGUAAAUUAAUUUGAUUUCUUUGAGACAUUUAUAAAACAAACUGGAUUAUUCUGCAUCAAUCUUUUAGUGGUUUUGUUUAUGUUGCUGAUUAAUUUCUUUGUUGUGGUUGGACAUCAGCUGUUGAGUUCAGUGUUUUAAGUUGUAAGAAAAGUAAUUAAAUACUGUGUUUGUUGUCAGAUAAAAGUCUAUAAACUUUAA